AUGAGCGACCACCGGAGCUCGUCCAGCAGGAGCGCCGACCGGAGCAGGAUCAGGCUGGAGAUGGCUGCUGACCGUGAAGCAAAUAAGAAAAUCGUCAAGAAGUUGAUGAAGAACAUCCUCCCUGCGCUCACCAUCGCGCUGAGCGCUCCGUUCAACCAGACAGCUGAAGUGACCUGGCACUACCAUGACCUGAACCGCGACAAACCCGCCUUCAUCGGCCUAAUGGCCCCGGCCUGGUUCUCCCAGAUGAGAGGCCACCGGGGAAUCGACGAAGAAGCUUUCCGGGACAGCCUUACCAACCGUGCCUGGAAGGAGCACAAGAGCAGAGGCAAUAGCAGCUCGACGAUUUUUUCGACGUAUGACGGGCGAUUCAUCGUCAAGACGGAGCCCAUGCCUACCAACCAUCAGGAAUGGAAACUUCAUACCUUGCUGCCGGACCUAAAAAAAGGACAUUCCGACACCGCCUACGUGGUGAUGCAAGAUCUGUUCUACGGCGCGAAUACGGUGAAAGGCCGUUUCGACCUGAAGCGGCGCAUGGCAAAAGAUAUGAAGCUGCUACGUGAGAAAGAAUACGAGGACAUCUACCCGAAUGGCAUCGACCUCGAGCUGCACGACUGGGAUGAGCUGAUGACGACGUUGAAGGCCGAAACACAACUUAUGGCAGCCCUUUGCCUCUCGGACUAUUCGGUUCUGGCAUGCAUCGAGAAUGUGGCUGAUGAAUACAACCCGGUCCUGGCGGGUGAUUCACGCCUCAUCGGAACCACCGUGGCCGGGCAGACGGUGGCCAUCAAGCUUUGCGUCAUAGAUCUGCUUCGGACCGUCGACAAGCCCGUGGCUCUGGAAUAUCGGGACACUUUUCUGGCUGGUCUCGGCACUUUCAUCUUCCCAGGGGUCUUCUUCACCUGGCCUCCUUGCGAUUUUUACCUCUGCGGUCGCCUAACGCGCAUCACGUUUGGCUGCAAAGACAAGUCCGUUUUCGACCCAUAUGGGACCUGCGUCGACGUGAGAAGGAAGGUGAUCCAUGGAAGAUGGUACGACUGGGUGAAGGUGGUCCUGCAGUACGAUGCACAGGGGAAUCCCCUUGCCGGCUUUCUCGUUGAGAAUACACAUUGG